AUGGAUGUCAGUCUAUCGCGGACCACCGGCUCUGUGGUAUUACAAGUUGGAGCUCUGGAGCUAUUGGCGAGAUACUCCAUGAACUCUGGCCGGGCUACGAGUGUGCUGUCUUCUAUAUACGAGUUCCGAAGUCAAGAGGUGGAACAGGCGGGUGGAAAACAAUGGAACUGGAAGUAUUUAAGGGAUCAGUUCUAUCAAAAGGAUUUGGAAGGAUUAUACAGAAAGUACGACAACAAGUUAAGGGAGACACUGAUUUAUAUAUAUGUAUCCCUUCUUGUAUUCUUUUCUACCAUUCACAUAACUUCUGUGCUAGUAAGCACUUAUUAUAAGAGUUUAGAAUGGAAAUCGACGUACCUAUCAGUUGCGAUGUACUUAUUGCGUAUUGGAAUACCUAUAAUACUAUUAUGUAAAAGUAUUUACAUUCCUCUGAAGGAGCGGUGGUAUUUAGUACCAAUAGUUACAACUGUCAUUCUUACGGUGGAUUUAGUUCUUUCAGAUAUAACAGUGUCAAUUGUCUCCGCUAAUGAGAAUACAUACCUCCGACCUGCGUACGUCACCGUAGCCUUACUGGCUGUGUAUAUUUUUCUACCAAUGAGAAAUAACUUUUUUGCUAUAACUUUGGGGGUCAUCGUGAGUGCAUCGUACGCCUUUGUUAUAGCUUUCAUCUCUUAUUAUAACAACCCACAAAGAGAGGUAAUGGUAAGGAUAGCAUCUUACAUAAUAUACCUCAUCGGAGUUAAUAUCAUGGGCAUUUACUUCCGGUUGAUGAAUGAAAUUAUAACUAGGAGGUCUUUUUUGGAUAGACGAGCUUGUGUUGAAAGCACUUUGCGGCUGAAAUUCGUUAAGGAGCAAGAGGAGCGUCUCAUGCUUAGCAUUCUACCAGAACACAUCAUGUCCAAAGUACGACAGGAUAUAAGAAAUAUGUUUCUGAAUAUUCGCUCACACAGUUAUAGCCACCAUAUGAAAUCCUUCAGCCAAUUAUACGUUGAAGAGCAUGACAACGUGAGUAUAUUGUACGCUGACGUUGUGAACUAUACACAAAUAUCUACCACAUUAUCUCCUUUGAGGAUGGUUGAGUUAUUAAAUGAGCUUUUUGGAAGAUUUGACGAAGCCUCCGAAGAACAUGAUGUUCUAAGAAUCAAGUUCUUAGGUGACUGCUAUUAUUGCGUCAGUGGUAUACCCAAGCCAACAGCGCAACAUGCGAAGAACUGCGUUGAUUUGGGACUUGAAAUGAUCCACAUAAUUAAGGACGUCAGAGAAAAACGUUCAUUAAACAUUGACAUGAGAAUCGGCGUACACUCAGGAAAGAUUUUGUGUGGCCUCAUUGGAAUAAGGAAAUGGCAGUUCGAUAUUUGGUCAAAAGAUGUCACUAUUGCUAAUAAAAUGGAAUCAACAGGAAAAGCUGGAAAAGUACACAUCACAAAACAAACUCUGGAAUUGCUGUUGGACUUCGCACGGGAAUACAUAAUUGAACCAAAUUUUGAAUCUCAAAAUGAUCAAUUUAUUAUGAAUAAUAGAAUAGAAACAUAUUUAAUUUCGAGACCACCGAGGCCAAUGGCUGACUAUAAACCAUUUCGACGAGCAUCUGUGGGACUCAAUAAGAUAAUUAACCCGCGCUCGAGACAUAGACGAUCGGAAAAUAGAAACUAUCGCAGAACGACCGCUUUUAUGGAUGAAAAUUUGGUGGAAUAUCAGCAAAUGUUGAAAGCGGCUGAUGCGCAAAUGGCUAAGGAAAUAGAAGACAUGACAAGCGGAAAAGAACACUUCAAGCAGGAAUCAAAAUUAAAUAGAUUCACACUUAUGUACAAGAGUAUAACACUAGAGAAAUCUUACCUUCUAUUACCAGAUCCUCUGUUCAAGUAUUACAUAACAUGCUGCCUAGUUAUAUUUUUAUUAAUCACAACUGUCAACAUACUAACAACGAGUUGGUCAGAAGAGUUUGAGUGGUACGUCUGGAUUCCCUUUGCAAUUUUAAUAUUAAUCUUAAUGAUACUCCAACCCCUCACAUGGUUCCAAUUUUUUUGGACGAAAUACAGAGGAAUCAACGAGCCCAAAGGGCAGUUUCUACGCUACAUCUAUGAUUUAUCAGUUAUGAUAAUUAAAUCUACAAAAGUUAGAACUGCUAUUUACAUGGUGAUCAGCUUAGGCUUGGCGAUCACGUCCAUUCUUAAGGUCCUUGGGUGUAAGGAAGAACCAGCCGAAAUUCAAACGCAUUGCGUUUCCUCGUGGCACGUGACACAAUGUUGGGGUUUGGCUCUUCUCCUGAACUUCAUCUUCAGCCGUGUCUUCUUCAUGUUCAAAUGGGUAGUAGCUGGUGGAAUGACAAUUUUUUACUUGUUCGUAAUAUGGGAGAUGAAAGGUGCCUACUUUUCCACUGGAAUUACAUGGAACGUUGGCCUAGAUCCUCGAAUCUCUCAGAGUCUAGCUGUGCUUUUUAUCACAAUAACCUUGUAUUGGAUCGAUAGGAGCACUGAAUAUAGACAUCGUUUAGACCACCUGUGGCAGAAACAAUUAACCGAAGAACAAGAAGAAGCGGAGACAAUGUUAAAAGUUAAUAAUAUGCUUUUGGAAAAUAUUUUACCCGCUCAUGUAGUGCAAGUUUAUUUAGAUUUAAAUCGACCCAUAGAUGAAUUAUACUAUGAAAAAUACGAUAAUGUCGCAGUUAUGUUUGCGUCCCUUACUGAUUACAAAUUAGGCAUUGAGAGUGAUACGGACCUAAGUGAUAAGCUUAUUUUAAGUAUACUUGAUGAAGUUAUAUCAGAUUUUGAUCGGCUUUUAUUAAUGGGUUCAUCGCUGUAUAAAGUAGAAAAAAUAAAGGUCGCCGGCUGGACGUAUAUGGCGGCGUGUGGAUUGGACCCAAAUAGAAGGGGAUCGUUUGACACAUCAUCUUACUGCUCAGUUGGAGAUAGGAACCAAAAUAAUCUAUAUAAUAGAGCAAUCGUCGUUACAAUGGUUGAAUUCGCAGCUGCGAUGAUGAUGCAAUUGCAGAACUUUAAUCGCGGCUCAUUUCAAAGUUUUGAAGGGCUUAACCUUCGUAUUGGGAUUUCUAAUGGCGAGGUCGCAGCAGGCGUAGUAGGUUCCCUAAAACCACUGUAUGAUAUCUGGGGAAAUGCCGUAAACUUAGCCUCACGAAUGGAUUCAACUGGUGAAACAGGACGAAUACAGGUAACUGAAAACACUGCAUUUAUUUUGGACGAAUGUGGAAUUCUUACUACGUACCGAGGAGAAACUUUUGUUAAAGGCGCGGGUUAUAUAAAAACAUAUUAUGUUCCUUUGGAUGAAAAUUUCCACCUCGUCAAGAAAGAACAAAGUCAAAGUUUCUUUAAAAAACAACGAGCUAACGGUUACUAUAGUGCUAGAAACUCUAAACUUUCGGAUACCUCAAUAGACUCAUUUGAAACGGAAUCACAUCAUUCUAUGAACAUUGGUGAACUUUCAACAGAUUUUAGUGACCAUAAUGAAGACGAUACAGAUAAUAUCUAUGAAAAUGAUCAUAUUGAUGAUAUCAAAGUCAUGGGAACACACACACCGCGUAACCAUUUAAGCGACACAUCUUCAGAAUUUGACAAUAAUAGCAUAAUAGAGACACCAUGUUAA